AUGCUUUACUCGGCUGUUCAAGAAGCUGAAUCCACUCUAGUGAACAUGCUUGAAACAAAUAUAAUCGUGCCGAGUAGGUAUAAGAUUUUGAUUGACAAUAUCAAAAAAUAUAUCAACUCAUUUCCACAGUUAUCAGCAAUAUACAAUAUAUGUGAAUGCCCAAAUCUUCAAUUAAAUCCGAAAACUAAGUUGGUUUUAUAUAAUUACUUAAAAACAAUGAAUUAUUCGAUUCCUUUUGACACCUAUUCAUUCAUCGAUGAUCUCAUUAAAGCACCAACUCUUUAUCAGCAACUCGAUAUAAUUCUCACAAGCUAUACUUUUGAUUUCUCUCCAUUUGCUGAAGAUACAGUAUUAAACGAGUUUUAUAAAUUAUUCGUUCGGCUACAGAACAACGGAUACAAAUUAUCAUUAACCUCGAACACUAGUCUUAGAAACGCAUUUUCAUCUCGCGAAAUAAUUUUAAUAAUUAAAGAAAACGACAUUUACGGCUAUAUUACUAAGGAUACAAACAAUAACCAUUAUCCAAAAACUGUCAGUCCAGUUCAAUUUCUUAAUGAAAUCAUGAAUGAAUUCAAAAUUGAAGAUUCACUUCAAAAUUUAGUCAAUGACACAACAAAACUACGAUCCAUGGAUGACAAUGUUUAUAAUAUCAUUGCCUGGACUAUAUUUUACCAGAAACCUUUACCGAAACAACUUACAAAUCCAAUUUCUGAUUUCAUAUCUAAAAUUACGGAAGAAAUUCAAUUUUUACAUAUGCACAAUAUCAAGUUUUUCAUCGAUGUGUUUAAUAUCGUCUAUUCUACCUCAAUUAAAGAAAAAACAACUGAUUUAAAUUAUAUUAUAAAAUUAAUUGAAAAAGAUGAUAGUUUAUUAGAAGGAUAUGAGCAUAUUUCGAAAUAUUAUGUCAUACACAUCAUUAAAUGGUACUUAGAAUACAAAACAAGGAUGCUUUAUUCAAUUGAUUUUUUAUAUUUAGACAAAAUCAAUCCAGAUUUAUUUAUUAAACCAAACAUGAUUAAUAGCAGUGAAUAUAGUCCAUCUUAUUUAAUUGAUAUUGUUAAUUAUUCUUAUGUCAUGUAUUUAAUUGAUAAAUCAAAAGAAGGAAGAACAAUUUAUCUCUAUGAUUUGUUCCUUUUCGUUGAUGGUUGUGAUAAAUACAUUGAAGAAAUCUUGAGAAAUAAUAGAGAAACUUAUGAUUUAAUUCAAAGAAAUGCAACUUUACAACUUUUGUCAAAAAUUUCAAGAAAAUUUGACAUUUUGACACCUGACAACUUUACAAAACUUAUUAACAAUCAUAACAAAGAAAUGUCUAAUGUUUUGAAAGAAUUAUUGAGUAAUUUCCAAGCGAAUUUAGAGAUAAAAAUUCCAAAAAUUGAUCCGAAAUUGUUUUAUGAAUUUGUUGACAAACAAUUUCCUUUUAUUCGAAAGAAUGACAGAUUACCAAUCAAAUUAACAUCAUGUACUGAUUAUUACGAGUUCCUUACAAGAGUAUUGACUAGUGCUUUCAUUCCUGAUUUGCCUAAACUGAAGAAGUUUUGUAAUGAUUUGGAUAACAAUCAAAAAAUUCCAAGAUUUAAUGUAAAUUCAAAAGAAAUUCAACAAAUUUUGUCUCUUUAUCUUCCUUAUGAAUUAAUUGAUCAAAGCAUCAGACAAUUUGCAUAUUUGGAUGGGACAAGAAUUCCUUUUGCUUGUAUUUUUAUUAAUUUCAUCAAUCCAAAACAAGAAAAUCAAACAAAACAAGAGAAUUAUCCAAAAGAAGAUGAAAUUACUUUUAUCGAAGAAAAAAUCCCUAAAAAACAACAAAAGAAACCAGAAAUUCUUCAAAAACAACAAGAAGAAAAACUCGAAAUCUCUAAAAUGAAACAAGAAACAAUUGAAUUUGUUGAAGAAAAAAUUAAUAAAAAUCUUCAAAAACAUGAUGAAAUUUCUAAAAAACAAGAAAAAGAAAAGAAUAAAAUUUCUAAAAAGAAACAAGGAAAUAAUAAAUUGAAUGAAGAAAAAACUUCCAAAGUUCAAGAAAAAGUUAAGAAUGAAGUUGUUGAAAAAAGUGAAAUUUCUAAAAAGAAACAAGAAAAUCUUGUAAAACCUGUGAAUAAUACAUUGGCUGAAGAAAAAACUUCCAAAAAUGAAAUUGUUGAAGAAAAACUUUCUAAAAAACAACAGAAGAAACUAGAAAAACAAAAAUUUGCUGUAUAUAUUCCAUCAAAAACAAACACAAUUACAAACACAAAUUCAAAUUCAAUUACAAACACAAAUUCGAGUUUAAAUUCAUCUGUUGAUUUAAAGAAAGAAUUUUCUGAUUUGUUUGUUUCGUUUAUGGAUUAUUUACCAAAAGUUUUAGAGAAAACUAGCAUUGAUAUGAAUCAUGUACCAUAUGUCAAGGAAGAAUUCUUUAAUUUGAUGAAAGAUGUAUCAAAACAUUUGGUUUAUGAAGGAGAAACAAAAGAAUGUUCUUUACUUUUCGUUAAAUCUGUUACAUUGAAAGUUUUGAACAAAUAUUCAAGAAAAUUCUUCGAAUUCAAGAAAAGUAAUGAUUUCUUUUUGUUCCAGAUAAAGAAUCUUGAUGAAUAUGAUAAAUACGAAAUAACUAGAGGAACUCCAGAAGUUGUAACAAUCAAAUACUUAUCAAAUGCAACAAAAUUACCAACUGUUUCAUUUGAUAAAUUAAAAUCUGUUUGUAACGAAAUCAUCAAAACACAGAAACCAAUCGAAACUGAAACUCAAAAUAAAAAGGAUCAGAAAAUGGAUUUCAAACCAUACAUUGGAACAACAACUCCAAAUUCAAAUCCAAAUCAAGAAAAACAAAAUUAUAAACCAUAUGUUCCAAACCAAGAAAUUAAACAAAAUAAUGAAACAAAUUCAUCAAAACAAUCCAAUACUAUAUCUCAAGUUCCAAAUCAAUAUCUUGUUUCUAAUCAACAAACUUGCAAACCAUAUGUAGCAGCAAAUCAAAGUAAUGCAAUAAAUCAAGAAAACAAACAAAUUACUUCAUCAAAUCAAAACUACAAAUCAUUUAUUGGAACAAAUCAACAGAAUGAAACAAAUCAAUUAAAUCAAUCUUAUAAACCAUAUAUUGGAUCAUCUAAUACUCCAACACAAUCAAUAAAACAAGAUCCUACAUCAGAUGUAUCCAAUCAAUCUUAUAAACUAUAUAUUGGAUCAAGUCAAAUGAAUGAAACAAAUUCAUCAAGUCAGAAUUACGAACCAAAUAUUGGAACAAAUACAAUGAAUCAAAUGAAUGAAGCAAAUACAUUAAAUCAAGUUUCAAAUCAGAAUUACAAGCCUUAUGUUGGGACAAGUUCAUCAAAUGUUUCCAAACAAGAAUUUAAACCAUAUGUUGGAAGUAAUGUAAAAUUGGAGAUGAAUCCAAUUAAUUUUGAAGUUUUGAAUGAUCAUACACUUUUCAUUACAGAAAUCGAAGGAAAAUUAGUUAGUAAUUUCAGUCAAAUCAUGAUUAAAUUCCCUGAAUUUACAUCAUUCCAAGUUUCUCCAUUGAACAUCAAAAUCAAAACAGAUCUAAAUAAUUUAAACGUAAAAUUAGAAACACAAUUCCAAAUUUCUGUUUCUCAACAAAAUAAUUUCAUUGUUUUAACAAUACUUACACAGUUUUUACCAAUAGGAACAUCACAAUUAAAUGGAACAUUGAUUGUCAAUAACAAUAUAUUUCCUUUCCUUUUUAUUUUGACGAAACUACAAGAUUUUGUUUACAUCCAAAUCAAAGGAGAAUCAAUAAUUCCUGAUAGUCAACACAACUGUCCAAAACUAAUCAAGAAACUAAUUUUGUCUGAAACACCAAUCAAAGUUGAAACAUAUAAUUCUUUGUUCCAAAAAAUUGAACACAAAAUCAUCAGUGGUUCAAAUCAAAAUUCAAUAGUUUAUGAUGAAAAAUCCAAAGAAAGUUUAGUUUUUCCAGAAUCAAAACUUGAUUUUAUGACUGUUCAUUUAUCAUUUUACCAAUUGUAUUCUAAUUUUUUGAUGGAAUACGAUGUUUUCAAACGCCCAAUUUAUUUCUAUUAUUAUGAUUUUUUGCAAAAGAAAUUUGUUACUCCUGAUACUAUUUUUGUUGGAAAUCUUGGUUUCAGACAUUAUUUUUAUAUCAAUACUUUCUUUGAAGAUGAUAAAGCUGAUCUUCAAGUAGACAUUAAUAUCAAAAAUGACAAAGAUUUGUUGUUUAUCAAGAAUUUUUCAAGAAAAGAUUAUCUCUUUUAUAUUGAUUUGUUGUUGAACAAAUAUACUACGAAAACAGUAGAAAUUGAAUUUGUUUUAUCUUCUAAAUUAACGAAAACAGUUUUAAAGAGAUAUACUGUUAAAGCAGUUCCAGCAAUUAUAUCAUUUGAUAUCAAAGGAGACCAAGUAUGCGCUAAAUGGUCAGAUGAAAGAUUAAAUGAAACAACAAUACAAUAUUUUGUUGAGAAAACAAAGAAAUGGUAUAUUUUUGCUGCGAACAAAUAUGUUCGUAUUCCUGAAUACAAGUUCAUUGUUAUUAGUCCUUAUUGUUAUAAUUGGAUAUCAUUUAGAGAAAAGAAUAUUGAAACAUAUAUUGAUUUCAAGUUCAAAAACAUUUUCCCUGAUAAUGUUACUAAUUUUUGUUAUUUCUGUAUAACAAAUGACAAUAAAUCUAAAGUUGUCAUGCCAUCGAAUUAUGACAAAAACACAACGAAAAUUUUGGUUUCAAGAUUAUGUGACGAACCAUAUAAUCCUAAUGAAACUAGUGAAUUAUGGAAUAAUGUUUGGGUUCCUUUAUCUGAAGACAUAAGAUAUGUCAAAGAAAUUCUUAAUCUUCUUUCAUUUGAAGAUGUUUUUAAUGCUGUUAAACAUCUUUUGAAUUUCAUUCAUCACGCGAAUCCAAGAUUGAAUGAAAUGAAAACGAAGAAUCAGAUAAUUGAUUAUGUUUUUGGUUUGUUUAAAUCAAGGAUUGAAGCUCUUGAAAUGACAAAGUAUCAAUUGAGAUUGCCAAUGAAGAUUGACUUUCUUUUCAAGACACAAGAUUUCUUGGUUAAAGAUUAUAUUGUUGAUUACGAGCAAGUUCAUGAAUUUCAAAAUAACUGUGAAGAAACAGAAAUGAAAUUCAGAACAAAACAAAAAGAAUUUGUUAAUUCAGAUGUAAAUGAUAAUGAUACAGUUCAACUUUCAUCGACAACAAUUGGAAUCAUGAAAGGAGACAUCAUAAAACCUGUUUCGCCUCGUUUUGAAUUUAAUUUUGGAAAUUGCAUCUAUUCUUUAGAAAAAGAUAUUGAUUUACCAAAUGAAACAAAUUGGGAAUAUUUGACGACAAUUUGUAAGAAGUUUUAUUUUGUUUUGAAUUCAUUUUAUCAAGAACAUCGUAAAGAAAGAGUUCCGGAUAAUUUGAGACGAAUUUAUGGAGGAUUAGAAUUCGCAAGGAAAUUACCAAAUUGUCCUUUGAAUUUCUCAUUUUUCUUUGACCUUUUGAAGACUAAAUUUGGUGAAGGAAAAAGUAAUGAUGAAAAUGAAUUUUUUAACAAAUUCAUUGAUUUACCUAAAGCUCCAUUAGAUCAAGCAUCUCAAAACUAUUAUAAUCAAAUCAACGUUAACCAGUUUAAUUUCCAACAAAAUCAAUAUCAACCAGCACGAUUUGAUUUUGGAUUCAAUCAACAAAACUAUUCCUACCAACAACAAUUUUCACAACAACAAUAUCCCUCUCAGCAACAAAAUCAAUAUAAUCAACAAGGAAAUUAUCAACAACAAAGUCAAUUUUCUCAGCAACAACAAGUUCAACAACAACAGCAACAGAACCAAAACUACGAAGGAAUGUUUGGAUUCCCAAGUUCGGAAAAUAAUUUUUAUAUUUAG